AUGAUUUACGUCUACCCCAAACUCCGAGAUUCAAUAUUAUUUCUUGGCAUUGCGCGCAACGCGUUAAAAUUUGAAUCGAGAUGUCGAGAGAAGAGCUCGAAGACUGCAACUUGUCAGUACAACAAAGAGAUCCCGCAUGACAUCAUGUUUGUAAUUAUAAGUGGUACCAAGUAUAGUGGUGUUGACAUUGCAGUUACAGCUUUAGUAAAUAACCAUGGAUUCCAAAGAAUUUACGAAGAUGCAAAUGAAGACGAAUUGAUUAGUUACGUAACUAAAAACUAUGUUAAGGAUUUGGUAAUGAGCUGCACAAACCUAUCGCUCGUUGAAAAGCUCGAUAAAAGGCCUUCAGCUGUUCAUUUCUCGCUGGAUGCACCUGUUGCCAUUAGAAUGAAAAAUUUCCAACGAUUGGCCCCUGGUAAAGAUGUGAACCAAUUCUUUGCUGAACUGGAUUCAUACGAUUUUAAUCCCAAUUCCAUUGAGUUAAGAGAAAGAUCUCACAUUAAGAUUAAGUGUAUGAACAAGGACAUAGCAAAUUUCGAAACCAGGAUCUCCGAUGCUAUCAAUCAACAGUUGGAAUCGUUGAGGGAACCGAAUGAUACCUUAAAUCCGCCUUUGAGACCCAGUUGGGAUACUUAUUUCAUGAAAUUGGCUACCCUAGCUGCCUCGAGAUCCAAUUGUAUGAAGAGGAAAGUAGGUUGUGUAAUUGUGAGAGAACGUAGAGUGAUCGCAACGGGUUACAACGGUACUCCAAGACAUUUGACCAAUUGUUUCAAUGGCGGUUGUCCACGUUGUAACGAUGGGGACUCUCAAAACCUACACACUUGUCUCUGUCUGCAUGCAGAGGAAAAUGCGCUUUUGGAGGCUGGUAGAGAUCGCAUUGGCGCUCAUGCUACACUUUACUGUGACACUUGCCCCUGUCUAACCUGUUCAGUAAAAAUUGUGCAGACUGGCAUUACCGAAGUAGUAUACAGUCAAAGUUAUCGAAUGGACGAAGCAAGUUUCAAAGUCCUUAUAUCGGCUGGCAUUCGUGUAAGGCAAUUUAGUUUCGUAAAAGAGCCUAAAUUGGUAAUGAUAUGA